CACUGGAGAUUCCGAGAACUAAAGAUCAUCUACGCCGAAAACCAGUUCGAGGAACGGAAGAGAGAAAAAAGGAAAAAGAACGAGGCGUUUCAGAGGAGUUGCGGGAAGAACUGAAAUACAUUUCCUCGUGUUUUCAGAUCGAAAGGAGUUCUUCGUCUCGCAUGACAGUAGAGAUAGUUCAGAGGGAGUUGUAAUUAUCCAGGGUCGAGGCAAUCAGCACUUUGUUUUCUGAUUUCUUCAAUUUCGGUUCAAAAUUGUCAAAAAAUGAGUCUGGGUAAUCGAUAUUCUGACGCAAUUUCUUUACCUACCAAACGAAUUAGGAAGAGGAAGUCACGGAGUAGACGAGAUCCAUCGACCGUGGCUGAGACUCUUGCUAAGUGGAAGGCUUAUAAUGAAUGUGUUAAUUCUUGUGAUGAUGGAAGCAAGCCAAUUCGUAAAGCUCCAGCGAAAGGAUCUAAGAAGGGAUGUAUGAAAGGUAAAGGUGGACCCAUGAAUUCAAAUUGUAAAUACAGAGGUGUGAGGCAGAGGACUUGGGGGAAAUGGGUUGCGGAGAUUCGUGAGCCUGAUAGAGGUAGUAGGCUGUGGCUUGGUACUUUCUCUAAUGCCAUUGAAGCUGCUCUCGCCUAUGACGAGGCUGCCAGGACCAUGUAUGGCCAGACUGCUCGUUUGAACCUUCCCAACAUUACAAACACACGGCUGCUAGCAGGCUCUGCCUCGGAUUCUUCAACCACCACGUCGACGACAACCACAUCAUCGAACCAAUCUGAUGUCUGUGUGUCUGAGGAGCUUACACUGACGCCACAACCUGUCCCCCCAGACGUUAAGAUCGAAGGUGAGCCAAGGACCGGGUUCCCAGUUGAUCACGUUGCGACAUCGGCGAUCGAUGCUAAAUUUUGUGACCAAGGCAAUGAUCAGGCAGCUCUGUUGGGGAUUGAAUUUCCCAGUUUGGAUCACUUCCCGAACUUUCAAAUGGAUGAAAUGUUCGAGUUGAGGACUAAUGACAUUGCAAUGCCGGUGAGCUUAGAGAAGAAAGUGAAGCAUGAAAGUGUCGAUGGCGAAUAUCCCGAUCGGAACAGUGAUCCAUUCGACAUCCAGGAUGUGCUGCAGGACUUUCAAAUAGAUGAAAUGUUUGAUGUGGAGGAGCUUCUAAGCAUUAUAAAUAGUGAUUCCAUGCAUGAUCAAAGCUUCUUGCAAGGGAAUGUGUAUGAUUCUAACAACAUGGUGCCUCCCCAACCAUCAAGCUUAUCGAAUCAGUUCCGAUACCCCGACGAGAAGCUGCUCGGAAGCCUUCAACACAUGGAGCAAGCUCCAGCCGACGUCAAUCAUGGGUUCGAUUUCCUGAAGGAGGGGAGGGAGGAGGAUCUGAAUGCUACAACAGAUGAUUUUGCAAGAUACUUGAAUUAUGAGAUGGGUGGUUUGGGUUUCUGAAGGGCAAUCUUGGCGAGCUUCAUUUAUUGUGUAAACUAUGUUGGUAUUGAAGCGGACGAAUUAUUGUGCGUAGGUUUUAGCCAUCAGAUACUUAGUUACUUGUAUAGCUACCUUCAUUAGGUGCAACAAAGUUUUUUCAAUUAGUUUAA